GUGGGUGAUGUUCGGAUCAUGGUGGACAAGAGCGGGAGCUGCAAGGGCAUCGCCUGGAUCACCUUCGGCACGCAGCAGGGCUUCCUUGAGGCGGUGAGCUGGAGCGGCUGCGACUUUGGCGGCCGGCGCCUCGAGAUCAAAGCUGGCAAGCAGUUCCACACGGGCGUGCGGCCCUCGGUGCAGGCGCAGGGCACUCACACGCCCGCGCUGUGCACGGAGGUGGUCAAGAAGCUGGUGGCGCCCAACCCAGGCGGGCUCUACGUGGACGGCACCUUCGGUCGGGGCGGCCACAGCCGCGCCAUGCUGGCGGCGAUGUCCGGCUCUGGGCAGCUGCACGCCUUCGACAUGGACCCGGAAGCCAUCGCUGUGGGCAAGGAGCUUAUGGAGGCGGAUGAACGCUUCACCAUCCACCACGCACCCUUCAGCUCCAUGAAGGCGCGGCUGAAGUCUGAAAGGCCGCCGUCGGGAGUCCUCUUUGACUUGGGCAUCUCCUCCCCUCAGUUCGACGAUGCCCACCGGGGCUUUCGGCCUGAGGCGGACGGUCCCUUGGAUCUGCGCUUCGACCAGAGCCAGGGGCAGACGGCCUGGGACUUCCUCAUGUCCUCCCCCCACGAGGAGAUUGUCCGGGUCCUCUCGCAGUAUGGGGAGACGGCAGAUGCCGCAGCGGCCCGCCGCAUCGCCGACGUGGUCUGCUUGGCACGGAGCCGGAACGCGCUGCCGCGCCGGACGCGGGAGUUUGCGGCACUGGUGGCCCAGGGCAAGGGGCCGGAGUACCAAGCGAUGCAUCCCGCCAAGCUGACCUUCCAGGCGUUGCGGAUUCACUUGAACAACGAGUUCGAUGAGAUGCGGAGGGGCAUUUGCGCAGCGUUCGGGCUGCUGGGCGAGGGCGGGCGCAUCGGCCUCAUCUCGUGGAAGCACUCGGAGUGCCACAUCAUCAUGGACAUCUUCCGAUCUCUGGAAGCUGUUCGUGACAAGGAGAUCCCCUCUUGA